CAAGCGGCUGACCAAUUGGAGAAGAGGCGGCCCGCUGCCAUGGUGACAAGGUCCGGUUUGCUCUCCGUAGCUGUAUGGGGAGGUUUUAGGGUUGCACAUGGGUGCUGUGUGCCGGGAGGUCAUCUGCAUUCAGUUAGGGCAAUAUGCCAACUGUGUGGGGGCCCACUGGUGGAACCUGCAGGAGACGCAGUGUUCCCGCUGGCCGGACUCAGAGCUCUGCAGUAAUGUUCAGUUUCGGACGGGGAUCACCCAGAAUGGAGUGGAGACGUACACGCCGCGCCUCAUUGUUCUGGAUAUAAAUGAUGGUGUACGUUCAGUCCAGGCGACGGGAGCUCUGUAUGAUGAUGAGAAAACAGCGCAGGCCACCCCAGCCUGGAGAGGAAAACUGACAACACACAAAGAGGAUCCAACAGAGUGCAUUGGAGGAGCCGCCACACAGGGGGGAGGAGCUCCAAAUUAUGGAGGCGGCAGGGAGAUGGUGGCAGGAGGAGGAGGAGCCAUUCUGUACAACAGGGGGGCGUCCCGUCAGCCAAUCCCACGUGAUGGGGUGUGGUCUGACUACCUGCGCACUCCGCUACACCCCAAGUCUCUGUGUAUGCUGAGCCAUCGCAACCAUGGCGGGGUUACCGGCGGCCUGGAAUCAUUCAGUCAAGGUGAAUCGCUUCUUAAGGCCGCGUCCCACCUGGAAGAGGUGGAGGACCGACUGCGUUUCUUCUCUGAGGAGUGCGACUACCUGCAGGGUUUUCACAUCCUCUGUGACACACACAAUGGCUUCUCCGGAGCUGGAGCCAAGAUGGCGGAGCUGAUACACGAUGAGUACCCCGGCCGCGGCAUCCUCAGCUUUGGAACAAGCCCAGUACUAUCGGAGCAGAGGGACCUGCACACCAGUAUGUACCAGCUGAUGAACUGUGUGAUGUCCCUUGUGGCCCUCACUAACCACAGCUCCGUCUUCUGUCCACUGUCCCUGAAUUCCAGUUUCGGCCGGAAACCUGGACCUCCAGUUAUCUUCCCCCAGUUGCUGUACGAUGCCAGUUGGCAGUAUCACAGCAGUGCGGUUCUGGCGGUGGCUCUGGACACACUGACCGCUCCAUAUCGGCUGACCUCCUCCACUUUAUCCAUGUCACAGCUAACGGAUACUAUUAGCUUCGGUGGAAGGAAGAUGCUGACAGCGUCCUGCUCACUCCCGUUCCCGUUUGGCUCCUCCUCUCUCCCUGACGGUCUCCUUCCGCACAUGGCUUCCCCUCCCUGGCGCUGUCUGUCAGCAUGCACGGACGACACUCCAGUCUUCUCCCAGUCGGUGGUUCUGAGAGGAAUACCCGGACAGCAGCAGAUCGGCUCCCUUCCAGCUAGGACAAGGCCACCCUCGUCUCUACAUGCAUGCGCCAGCGGAGAGGAGGUGCUCCAAUGUUACCUGUCUGCCGCCUGUCCCCGAACACUCAGCGUUUCCCACCUCCUGGGGUCCCCUUGCACCCUGGGCCCUACAUUUCCUCAGUUCUUCUCCCGCUAUAUCACCAGAGAUGGCUACACAAUGGAGGAGCCGCUGACAGAUUCCACAGUUGUAGAUGGAGUCCCUGUUAUGGCCGCCCUGCGCACCUCCAGCGCCCUCCGCCUGAGUCUGCGUGCUUUGUGCGAUGAGGUCACCAAGAUGGAUCUCAGACGUUGCGCCAAUUACUCCACGGCUGGCAUCGAAGAGGAGGAAUUUAAAGAAGUCAUCAGCGACCUGCGCAGCCUUGCUCAUUGCUAUCAGGUCUACGAAGGUGAAGUCAGCGAUGACAGCGACUGAUU